AUGGCUGCACGAUUGAGACGUAUUACUACUGAAAUCAGAAAACUAGAAGCUGUCUCUUCAAUAUUUUUGAUUGAGACAACCCCUGUGACACAGCAAGAAGAUAAAAUCACCGGUCGUGUAUUACCAAACAGUGAGCCAUAUUCAGAAGGUGAAUAUCGAAUCGAAAUAAACCUUCCACCAGACUAUCCAUUUAAAGCGCCUGAAGUACGAUUUCUUACGGAAAUUUACCAUCCAGACGUUGAGUUGCCAGACGGUAAAAUAUGUCUUGAGUUAUUAAGUGUAGAAAAGUGGUUGGCGACGACAUCAGUUGUUGAUAUUGUAAAGGCUGUUGUUGAUAUGAUUGAUAAACCAAAACUCGACAACCCAUUAAAUACUGUAAUGGCGUUAGAAUAUAAAAAUAAUCCUGCUCAAUUUAGGGAAAAAGCUGCCGAGUAUAUUAAGAAAUAUGCGUUGCAUUAA